UGACUAGUGACAAUGGCUGUUGCAUUCUGAGGUGUUAAUAACAGCAGCACAAAAUGGCUCUUCUUUAAUAAGAAAAAAAAAUUGGAAAUGCUAAAGCUUCACUGAAAAGGAUCUUUAAGUUUUAACUUCAAGAAACCCUAGGCUUUCUUCAUGUGCAUCACAUUAGUGGAAAAUUCCUUCAUUCAUUUAAGAAGAUAAACAGUUGUAACUUUCACGUUUGGUUGAUGUGACAUCAAUGACUGACUGGGACUGCCAGCAUUCCAAAAAGGAUAUCGUCCUCAUCUGCAGCCACUCAGGGCUGUGGGGUGGAGCCUGCAGCACAGGCUGAAACAUUUACAGGUGCAUAAGUACCUAGGGAAGGGCACAGGUGAUGCACCUGUCCCAGGAAAGGAGCACUAGCACAGGUGUGUCACAACUCACAAGCCACCUGGCUUAGAGCAUGAGCUUCUUUGACCCACAAACGCAUUCCCCUCCACGCUGCAGCCCACAGUUCCCAAAUAUCGGCCAAGAACCUCCAGAGAUGAAUAUCUACUACGAGAACUUCUUCCAUCCACAGAACAUCCCGAGUCCCCAGCGACCAAGCACCUUUGAGACAACGGAUUACAACGCCACUCCCAAUCCCUACCUCUGGCUAAAUGGACCUUCCAUUACCCCACCGCCGUAUCUGCCAGGAUCCAACGCCAGUCCUUUCAUUCCGCAGUCGUAUGGGAUGCAGAGGCAGCUCUUGCCUAACAUGCACAGCUUGGGAGGAACUGACCUUGGCUGGCUUCCCCUCCCGUCCCAAGAGGAGCUCAUGAAGUUGGUAAGACCACCUUACUCCUACUCUGCCCUCAUUGCCAUGGCCAUCCACGGGGCACCUGACAAGAGGCUGACUCUGAGCCAGAUCUACCAGUAUGUGGCUGACAACUUCCCGUUCUACAACAAAAGCAAAGCUGGCUGGCAGAAUUCCAUACGGCACAACUUGUCCCUCAAUGACUGCUUCAAGAAGGUGCCUCGAGAUGAAGAUGAUCCAGGAAAAGGGAAUUACUGGACUCUCGACCCAAACUGUGAAAAGAUGUUUGACAAUGGAAACUUUCGCAGGAAGCGGAAGAGAAAGUCUGACAUUGAGGCCAGUGCUGCUACUCUUGCGUCUGAGAAAUCUGAGGACAGUACCCUGACUGGCAGCCCCAAAGCUGCAGAGCAUCAUGAUAUCUUGGAAAACUCAUCACCUGGGACUGACAAUUCACCUGAGAAAGGAUCUCCUCCUCCCUCUUCCAGCAGCCCGUGCCUCAGUAAUUUCCUCUCCAGCAUGACCACCUAUGUCCACAGCUCCAACUCGGGGAGCCGCUCCGGGCCCGUGGGACUCAGCUCUGAACCCAUUGACAAAAUGGGGCAGAACAUGGUAGGCUUCAAUUCCUACUCCCCACUCUCCAGUAUCCCCAGCCAUGGUGUGGGAGAUUGGUCCAAUUCCAUGCCUUCCAGUCACCUUGGCCACAGCAACUCGGUGCUCAACCAGUUUAACACCCAUUUUUACAGCAGCCUCAGCACAAACAACACCCUGUACCCCAGGGAAGGCACAGAGGUUUAAGUGAAGCAUUCUAGGACACUAGAGGAUAGUUAUUUAUGACAGGAAAUGAUCCAUGAGCAGGUGAUUAGCAUUAGCCUCUCAUCUCUAGGACCACACUGCAUCCUCCUCCUGACAGCCACCAACUUGUUACCUUUAUACUGAAAUCACAAACUCCACAUUCUGCAGCUGCACAGGAAAAAGCAGGGAUCAUAGAAGGAAUAGUGAAAAGUUCUCAGACACUGCUUGUGCUGCUGCCAACCAGGCUCCUCUACAGAAGUCCUUGAGAAGUUACAGCUUGCCUUAGGCAGGAGGCUCUUUCUGGCAUGGCAUUAACAUUGCUGUGCUUUUUAAAGUGGUAACAGAAAUGUGGUGGUACCUUUACACAUCCUGGCUUUAGGUAUAGGCUGCCUGUACUAAAUGCUCAGCAAGUUCUUAUUUGGCCAAAACUCUCCUGAAACACUCAGGAGGAUCCAUAAUAAAAACUAUUGUAUAGUGAGUAACAAGCAGCACUUGAAUGGUGAGUGCUGUCUUUGGCUUUUUCUCGUGCCAGUGCAUGUUUAAAGCCUGACCCCCUUCCAGUCCCACGGGAAUGUGGCAGCAAACUGACUUCAUCCUGGACACAACAGGAAUUUUGAAGCUGAAGGGAAGCAUAACAAAAUACACUGGAAUUGUCUUCUGUUGUUGGAUCUUUGUGCUUUCAAUUCUAAUUACAGGGUCAAUUUUAUUUCUUACACAUGUAAAUCUAGUCACAUAAGGGAAACAGGAUCUGUCCUGAGUAUAUAAAUAUAUAUAUUUAAGACAUGUUUUUUUCUAAGAAAACACAUCUGUUAUAUCUUAACAUUCUUCAUUAAUCAUUUCUACUGAGUAAAGGGUUUGAAUACUGGGGUGGGAGGUGAGGGAAGAAGAAAAGGGAGGUAAGAAGUUUAACUGUCUCUGAAUUUCAGUUUCACAGGCUGGGACCUUUCAGAGUAUCAACUGCAGAUAUUAUAAAAAGUCUCUGUACUGUAUAUUUUUUUUCAUUUUGUACAAUUUUGUGCUGUUAGUCCUUGUGUAAAUAUUAGAAAUUAUUAUUUUUCCUACACUCUACAGUAGCUGCAAGCAUUUCAAAAUAUAGAUGAAGUUUUUUAAACCAAGAAUUGACUCGAGUUUCACAUUUAUGUAGAGUAAUAUCUCAAAAUGGACAACCCCAGAAGCAUUUUUAAUAAAGCAUUUGUAAGGAAGAGUGUGUACUUGUGUUUGUUUGUUUGUACUGCACUACUUAAGCCUUUAAAAGUAUCCUUACCAGUUUGACUUGAGCAAUUCAUGUGAGGAAGAGCAAGGUAAUGGUAGCAGAAGGUCAGAUGCUGAGAUGACAUAUCCAGGCCAUCAGCAUUUGCAUGCCUGGCAAAUAUAAUUGGCUGCUAUUAUGCAAAAUAUUAUCACUGAAUAAAAAUCACCCUUGGAGUUUCCCUGCUGGAGUAAAGUGGUGCCAAUCAUUUAAAAUUUCAGAAAGCAGACUGUUUUCACAUGUCAAUUAGACCACAUGACUGCAAUUUUCCUGCAUUCUUAUUUAUCAUUUAAUUUCUUUUAUGUUUCAAGUUUUUCUCUAUCAAGGUUGCUCUGACUUUUCCUAGUUUUAGAUCCACUAUAAUAAAUUGCCACUUGGGAGUUGAAGCCUACCUACACUACUAACACCUUUGUUCAAUAAAAAGAGAAAAUGCUCUUCUGGUGGUGUCCUUGUGCCAUCACUGUAAGUUUCUCUCAAGUCAGGCACGUGCUGAGACCUGAGCUGUAAUUUCUGUCCUCAGGACCUUCCAACCCUUGCAGAAUCUCAGCCUGCUGGGUGGGCUACAAUAAACUCUGCAGUGGCAGCAUUUAUCAUAGAGAUCUGCUCAUGUUAAAACAGAAAUGUCUU